AACUAAACCAAAAAAGAACUUGUUCGCUGUACUUAAGAACAUUCUCUGUUAUUUCAUCAAUUGUAGGUAAUCCUGUAGUGUAGAAGAUUCAUCAUGAAGUGUUUAGUUCUACUAGCUAUCUAUCUUGGAAUUUCAUCAGCCUGGCCAGCUGACAAACAAAAGCUUGAUGCCCUUCAAGAUCCCAGCUGGAAAGCUUGGAAAUUUCUCCACAAAAAAGAGUAUGAAAACAAUGUAGAAGAGAAAGUGCGGAACUUUAUCUGGCAAGACAACCUGAAGAGGAUUGUUUCACACAAUGAAGCUCACAAAUAUAAACUAGCUAUGAAUCACCUUGGAGACUUAACAUCCCAAGAAGUAAAAGAAUUGUUGAAUGGUUACAAGACAAGGAAAAGUAUAGCAGGCUCUAAAGAAAAGGCUUCCACAUUUCUGGCACCAUCAAAUUUGAAGGUUCCUGACUCUGUUGACUGGAGAAAAGAAGGUUAUGUUACUGCUGUUAAGAACCAGGGGCAUUGUGGAUCAUGCUGGGCAUUCAGUACAACUGGAGCUCUGGAAGGACAGCACUUUAGGAAGACUGGAAAACUUGUUUCUCUUAGUGAACAGAAUCUGGUUGAUUGUUCAUCAGCAUUUGGUAACAAUGGUUGUCACGGCGGUUUGAUGGACAAUGCAUUUAGGUACAUCAAAAGCAACGAUGGAGUUGAUACAGAAAACUCCUAUCCUUAUCAAGCAAAGGUCAGCACUUGUCGCUUCAAUGUAACCGAUGUUGGUGCAACAGACACAGGUUAUAUAGAUAUCACAUCUGGCGAUGAAUCUGCCCUCCAAGCUGCCUCAGCGUCAGUUGGUCCCAUCUCCGUAGCAAUUGAUGCCAGCCAAAGCUCAUUUCAGUUCUAUCACUCAGGAGUCUACGAUGACCCUGCUUGUAGCAGCACCCAACUUGAUCAUGGUGUCCUUGUGGUGGGAUAUGGAAAUGAGAAUGGACAGGACUACUGGCUAAUCAAGAACAGUUGGGGACCAUUGUGGGGAGAGGAAGGCUUCAUCAAAAUUGCCAGAAACCAGAACAACAAAUGUGGAGUUGCGACGGCAGCAAGCUACCCCUUGGUUUAGGUGUAAGCUGUGAUAGGAAAUGCAGAAAAAUAGGCUACAAAAAAAAUUAACUGCUUUGUAAUUGCUUCAAAUUAAUUUUGUUUUCCUAUUUGUAAGAUAAUCAACACAAUAUUUUCACCAAAUGUACAAGAACAUUGUCAUAGCUCUUAUUAUUGAUAUACAUGACUGGUACCUUGAUUAUGGAUUUCUGGAAGAAAUUUUUUUACAUGGAUCAAACAGAUUGUUCUUUUGGAAGUCUACAUGAUUGGCAUCAACUUGCCAUAUUUCUCUGUGGAACCGAUAUUUCCACUUGAAGACCUUAAGCACUAUUUAAGAGAUAUUUAAUAUAUUUCAGUGGAAAUGGAACAUUUAUAUUUGAUACGUUACUGUUACAUACUGGUUUCUACCUUCAAAUAUUUUCCUUAUUUAAGCCUUUCUCCAACUAGGAAAUAGGAGACAAACCAUCUAGUUAGUUGGCUCUGGAGAUUUAAAAUCUUUUUUUCUGAAAUUUAUGUGUGGGUUAACCCUAUGGCCCCUAAUAGUGACUAGCAUCUAAUUGUUCCUUACAAUAUCACCUCUGAAUUAAACAUGAAGAUCACAAGAAUAAAGGAAAUGAUCACCAACCAGAGGAGCUCUUGAUUGUUAACAAAUUCUCUUUAGGUCAGCAUCUUGGAAAUGUAUAGAGAACAGUAUGGAGAAUAUACAUACUGAUGUUGAGAUGUAAAGGGUGAAUUGUUUGACAAUUUUGUUUGAGUAAAGGAGUUUCCUCUAGUGUUUGUUGUGUUUUCCUGUGUUAUGUGCCAGUGCAGCAUACUUUUUACUGAUAAUGUGACAAAAUUGAAAAUGUUGGAACACUCCCUGGAUAAAACUGAAAGGUUUACCUUUGCCACGAGCAUUUUCAGUGCAUUAUAAUUUCAUUGUUCAAAUAUUAAUACAUAUUAUUUGGUUAAAAUUUUUAACAGGCAUUCAUAGCUAUAAACAAAUAAAGUGUGACUCGAUGAUCAUUUUUUCAA